ACUGCCAUACGUUAAUUUAUGUUUCCUCUGAAACCCUAAACUCUAAAAACUUUUAAAAAAUGGGCAGAGUAAUUCGUGGGCAGCGUAAAGGUGCCGGUUCAGUCUUCAAGUCUCACAGCCACCACCGUAAGGGACCGGCAAGGUUCCGCUCUCUCGACUUCGGAGAGCGUAACGGAUACCUAAAAGGCGUGGUUGACGACAUAAUUCACGACCCUGGCCGCGGUGCUCCGCUGGCCAGAGUCACUUUCCGACAUCCGCUUCGGUACAAGCUUCAGAAGGAGCUGUUUGUGGCGGCCGAAGGAAUGUAUACCGGGCAGUUUGUGUACUGCGGUAAAAAGGCUAAUUUGACGGUGGGUAAUGUUUUGCCGUUGAGAGAAAUUCCGGAAGGAGCAGUUGUUUGUAAUGUGGAACGUCAUGUAGGGGAUAGAGGUGUUCUUGCUAGAGCUUCGGGUGAUUAUGCUGUUGUUAUCAGUCAUAAUCUUGAUAAUGGAACUUCGAGAGUCAAGCUUCCUUCCGGAGCCAAGAAGAUUAUUCCGAGCGGAUGCCGAGCUAUGAUAGGGCAAGUUGCCGGCGGUGGUAGAACUGAAAAACCCAUGUUGAAAGCCGGAAAUGCAUAUCAUAAAUACAAAGCAAAGAGAAACUGCUGGCCUAAAGUUCGUGGUGUUGCUAUGAAUCCGGUGGACCAUCCCCACGGUGGUGGUAAUCAUCAACACGUCGGUCAUGCUACUACGGUUCGCCGUGACGCUCCUCCCGGCCAAAAGGUCGGUCUCUUUGCUGCAAGAAGAACUGGUCGUCUCCGAGGUCAAGCCGCCGCCGCUGCGGCUAAAGCAGAUUGAAUAGUUUAAUUUGGUACUUCGUUGUUUUUGGUAUGUUUUUGCUGAUAAUUUGUCAAUUGCAUUUCGAUCAGACUGAAGAAAUUUUGUGUUUGAUGAUAAUUUUGCAUUCUCAAGUGCGAGACUUUUUUAUAUUAUCAUCUUUUCUUCUAAAUAAAAGAGUUAUGACGUUAUUAAAUUU